AUGAACGUGUGUGUAUUCCAGUCCGUGCUGAGCCGUGCUGGGUCGCGCUGGGCCUCCCUGCAGCGGCGCCCGGGGUUAGAACGGGCUCAUAAUCCAGGAGCUGGCACCGCUCCAGCAAAACACUCUGAAGUCAGGACUCAUCACGGUCCUGAGCGAGAGGAGGAGGGGGAGGAGGAGGUGAAGGCAGGACUCAUCAUGGUCCUGAGCGAGAGGAGGAGGGGGAGGAGAGAAGGAGGAGGGGGAGGAGGUGAAGGCAGGACUCAUCACGGUCCUGAGCGAGAGGAGGAGGGGGAGGAGGAGGUGAAGGCAGGACUCAUCACGGUCCUGAGCGAGAGGAGGAGGGGGAGGAAGAGAGGAGGAGGGGGAGGAGGAGGUGAAGGCAGGACUCAUCACGGUCCUGAGCGAGAGGAGGAGGGGGAGGAAGAGGUGAAGGUAGGACUCAUCACGGUCCUGAGCGAGAGGAGGAGGGGGAGAGGAAGAGGUGAAGGCAGGACUCAUCACGGUCCUGAGCGAGAGGAGGAGGUGAAGGCAGGACUCAUCACGGUCCUGAGCGAGAGGAGGAAGGGGAGGAGCGACAAUAUUUCCUUUUUCCUUUUCUUCUUCACCCCGGAGACAGACGACCCUUCCGUCACCGCCAGCGACGUACGCAAAGGAUGCGGUGAUAUGGAGAGGCAAGGUGAGCCCAGGGCGGACGGGGGGAUGUGUGUUGUGGUCAAAUGA